AGUUAGUGCAGGAUUCAAAUGCAUAUGUAUUCAAAUAGCAAAGGAUUAUUUUCUUCAAUCAUUAUCAUGUGUGAUGUAUUGAAAAUAUUUGUGAAUAUUUGACGACAUUAUGGAUUAAUCUUUAUAUAACCUUCAUUAGAAUACAUGGGGAGAUGUUCAUGUCGUUUUGUAUAAGAUGUGUUAAAGUUGCUUUGGUACGUGCGGGGCUCUGUUGCCUUGGAAUCUUCAUAUUGAAUCUCAUUGUACCAUACAUUCUUGGCACGGAAUCUACAAUGGCUGACGCAGAAGACUCGUACAUGGAUUUCUGGUUUGUCAGACUGUCGGUUAAUCUGUUAGGAUAUGCAACUAUAUUUGUUCCAGGAUAUCUUCUCAUACGUUACCUGCGUAAGGUUCGGUAUGAUGAAACUGCAGGUACUUCAAGCCCAGGCUUUUUCCAGCAGUUGGCUAAACUCUGUGUGUUUGGAAAAGAAAAUGAGCAUAAUUCUGAGGCGAACAGUUCAGGAGGCAAAACAACUGACCCUCUUGACCUUUCCAAGAGUGCAAUGGUCUUAAUUGUCUGUUUCCUUGGUCUACAAGGGUCAUAUCUUACAUGGGGACUUCUGCAGGAGAGAAUCAUGACAUUCGAGUAUGGAGCGUCUGCUGAUACAAAGGGAGAAUACUUUAAAAAUUCUCAGUUUCUUGUGUUUAUAAAUAGAAUUUUAGCAUUUACGAUAGGUAUAGUUGUACUGUUUAUGAAGAAGCAGCCCCCUCACACAGCACCAUUAUAUAAAUAUUCAUACAGUUCCUUUUCAAAUAUCAUGAGUAGCUGGUUUCAGUAUGAGGCACUUAAAUUUGUUAGUUUUCCUACGCAGGUCUUAGCCAAGGCCAGUAAAGUCAUUCCUGUGAUGCUUAUGGGUAAAGUAGUUUCAAAGAAAACAUACGAGUACCAUGAAUAUAUCACAGCGGGUAUGAUUUCAUUGGGAGUGGGACUGUUUCUACUUACAAGUGGCGAUGUUACCAGGGACAGCACAAAAACUACAACAAUAGCAGGCGUAAUAAUGCUGGUAGGAUAUAUGUCAUUUGAUAGUUUCACAUCUAAUUGGCAAGGUGAACUCUUCAAAACGUACAAAAUGUCCUCCAUACAAAUGAUGGCAGGUGUAAAUAUGUUCUCCUGUCUGCUGACAAGUGUCGCACUGAUAGAACAAGGGGGUUUUGUAGAAUGUAUUGCUUUUAUGUUUAAGUUUCCAACAUUUGUUGUUCACGCAGUUAUUCUUAGUUUGUGCUCUGCCUGCGGUCAACUUUUCAUUUUUUACACAAUCGAAAGAUUUGGGCCAGUUACCUUUACAAUCAUUAUGACUUUGAGACAGGCAUUUGCUAUAUUAUUAUCAUGUAUCAUCUAUGGCCAUCCCCUCACAUUCCUAGGUAUUAUUGGUGUAUGCAUUGUUUUUUUAGCAUUAUUUUUGAGAAUAUAUGCCAACCAACGAGCAUGUGCUAUCAGACUUGCAAGAGAAGCUAUGGAAAGAAAUUCUUCAAAUGUAUAGAUUGAAUUUUAUUGUAUAUGAGCAUAGUCAUUUCAUUGUUGAAUCAUGCACACGGUAAAGACUCUGCCGUUGAGUAAGUGGCACUAUAUUCAUAUUGUGAUUUAUAGAGUUUAUUUUAUCUUUUUGUUGCGUGAUAUAUUAAUUUGUUAUCAAUCUUUAUCAAGAUUGAUCUUUGUUAGUCGUCUAUAACAUACAUGUAAUUGUAAAGUUAAAUAAUAUGAACUUUUAUUUAUAGUUUACUAAUCACAAUUCUGUCUUAUCUACAUUGUAUUAGAAGAGGUUGUUGCUUUAUUUAUGUUUAUAUCACUUUAUUAGCUAGUGUUUGAAGUUAUUUUUUGUCCAAUAGGAUUAAGGUACUCAAAAUUUUAAAAUUGUAUCUCAUUUACUUACUUUGGUAAAUCAACUUUUAUUUAUUGUCAAGUAAAUCUAGUAAAAUGAUUUCAAACACUGAAAUUAACAUUGGUUAGUAAUCAUUCAUAAGCAAGCAUUACAAAAUUGAUUUGGUCACGCUUUUGGUCAAUUCAAAUUUGUAAAUGUUUUCUUAUUAACAUUACAUAUACAUAAAAAUGUUUAAUCUACUACACCAUUGACUUAUAUUUAUAUUACAAAGCUUAGAAUUAUGCACCAUUGAUCUGUUUACUCAGGUUUAUUAAGUAACCUCACCCCCUCAGUCUCACACCCCCACCCUCUGUGAACAGUAGAUAAUAGAAAUUGUUGGGUUAUAAUUUAAUGGUGCAUGAUUUUGAUGAAUAAUUUAUAUAAGGAAAGUUUGUCAUCGGAGAAAGGUUGAAAAUUGCUUUACAUUUGAAACUU